AUGCCAGUAGAGCUGAAUGCCAUCUCUAUGGUUGCCGUUGUGGGUUUUGUCCGGAAUAGGCGGCGCUUCCGGUUCCCGGGGCCGUCCCGAGCGGCGGAGAUGGCGGCGGCGGGAGCUGCCUCGGCGUCCGCAGAGCCCCGGGAAGCCGAAGGCUCCGGCCCGUCCUGGGAUGAGUCUCAGCUGCGCACGUACAGCUUCCCGACCCGGCCGAUCCCGCGUCUGAGUCACGGCGACCCUCGGGCGGAGGAGCUUAUCGAGAACGAGGAACCCGUGGUCCUGACCGACACAAACCUCGUCUAUCCUGCGCUGAAGUGGGACCUUGAGUACCUGCAAGAGAAUAUUGGCAACGGAGAUUUCUCUGUGUACAGCGCCAGCACCCACAAAUUCUUGUACUAUGAUGAGAAGAAGAUGGCGAAUUUCCAGAACUUUAAGCCGAAGUCGAACAGAGAGGAGAUGAAAUUUCAUGAGUUUGUUGAGAAGCUGCAGGAUAUACAGCAGCGAGGAGGGGAAGACAGGUUGUAUCUGCAGCAGACGCUCAAUGACACCGUGGGCAGAAAGAUUGUUAUGGACUUUCUGGGUUUUAACUGGAACUGGAUUAAUAAGCAGCAGGGAAAGCGUGGCUGGGGGCAACUGACCUCCAAUCUGCUGCUCAUCGGCAUGGAAGGAAAUGUGACACCUGCUCACUAUGAUGAGCAACAGAACUUCUUUGCUCAGAUCAAAGGCUACAAACGAUGCAUCUUAUUCCCUCCGGAUCAGUUUGAGUGCCUCUACCCAUACCCUGUCCAUCAUCCAUGUGACAGACAGAGCCAGGUGGACUUUGACAAUCCUGAUUAUGAGAGGUUCCCCAAUUUCAAGAAUGCAGUUGGCUACGAAACAGUGGUUGGCCCUGGAGAUGUUCUUUACAUCCCAAUGUACUGGUGGCAUCACAUAGAGUCAUUACUAAAUGGGGGGAUUACCAUCACUGUGAACUUCUGGUAUAAGGGAGCCCCUACCCCUAAGAGAAUUGAGUAUCCUCUUAAAGCUCAUCAGAAAGUGGCCAUAAUGAGAAACAUUGAGAAGAUGCUUGGAGAGGCUCUGGGGAACCCACAAGAGGUGGGGCCCUUGUUGAACACAAUGAUCAAGGGCCGAUACAACUAA